UCGCCGCCGCCGCCGACGUCGACGACCGAUGGCCACCGGCGAUGACCGCCUGUCUGACCUCCCCGACGAACUCGUCCUCCGCAUCCUCCACUUCGCGAACGCCAAGGAGGCCGCGUCCACCAGCUUGCUCUCGCGGCCGUUCGGCGCGCUCUGGCGCUCCUCCGGCGCCGUCAACCUCGCCGCGCGCGUCCCCUGCGGCAGCAGAUACAUCGGAAGAGCGGCUCUGAUCGCCCGCCGCGACGCCUUCGUCCGUGCGGCCGAGGCGGCGCUCUCCGCCGCCGCCGCCGCCGACCACCGCGUCACGAGGCUCACCGUCCACAUCGAGUGCGACAAGGAGGACAAAGGCUCGAUCGCCAGCUUCCUCCUCAGCAGCGAGAACGACGAGCGCCGCGGCCACCGCGACGUGUUCGACGCCGUCCUCUCCCACCCGGCGGCGCGCCGCGUCGAGGAGCUCAGCGUCGCCGCCGUCCACCCUCACUGGGGCGACAAGGGCAACAUCGUGAGCAGCCACGGCGUCGGGAUCUACAGCAUCAAUCCCGCCAACCUUCCGUCGAACACCCUCCGCGUUCUGGACCUCACCAACUGCCGCAGCCUCGCGCCGUCGGCGGCCGCCGCCGCCGCCGCCGCGUUCCCGCGGCUGGAGACGCUGCGGCUGCGACACUGCACGACGAACAUCGACGAUCUCCACCGCAUCAUCGACGCCGCGCCGGAGCUCGCCGCCGUGCGCCUCGAGUUCGUCCAUCUCAUAUCCAACAUCCGCGAUGUCCACUUCCUGGUGCAGCUGGCAAUGUCCUCCACCACCCGCCUCCGCUUCCCGGCUGCCACCGCGCUCACGCUGAUCAACUGCCUCACCAACGGCGGCAUGAGCGGCAGCGUUAUCGACGCGCCGAGGCUACGAUCCUUGACAUACAAGGGGGCGGCGAGGUCGCAGUUCGAGCUAACCUCGCCGGCGCCGGACAUGAAGAUGGUGCACCUCCACUUCAACCACUACUUCCAUCAACGUGAUUACCUUCGUUUCAUCCAUAACUUCACCAAGGUCAAGGUGCUCAAGCUAAAGGCGGAGCAUGGCUGUCCAUGGCGUAUUCUUCCCCAACAUUGCUCGCCUCGAGCUCGACGGAGGUUUCAACCGUUGGAGCAAGACGGCGAAGGCCGCCGCGAUCGCGAGCAUGCUCCAUUGCUGCCCAGUGCUCUGCGACCUCAACCUGAAUCUCAUCAGCACGGUGUCACCUGACUAUUUCAAGAACUCGAAGCAAGUUCAGCAUUUCUUUCAAAGAAAAUCCCAGCUUGAUUUCGACAGGUCGAUCGAUGAUUUCAUGCGAAACAGCAUAUCAAAGCGUGGUGAUCAUCGCCAUAACGGCGAUGAGGUUUCUGGAUUCAUCCCUGGAUUGACUGCCUGCUCCUUCACCUGCUUGCAGUACAAUCUGAGAAGAGUUAGCCUGCAAUUCAGGUUGGAUGAGAAUUCUGAGAAUUUUGGAGUUCGUCUGGUAAAAUUCUUCGCUGAAAACGCAAUGGUUCUCGAAGAAUUGCGCGUAUUGACAGUGGAAACUGAAACCUGAGAGAGUAGAACAAUCUGAACGUUGAAGGAUGGAUGAUGCCCAAAUUAAUCAUCCAAGAGUACUAGGAAUUCUGCACAGAGUUUGUCUGGAAUUUCUGAAAAGUUCACCUGGUUUUGUAGUAGGAGUAUUAGUACAUCUAUCUGGAUUUGUAGUCUCAUCUUGAAAGAAGAACUAUCAAGAUAGUU